AAUAACUAUAAUUAUAACUGAAUUUUAAUAACUUCCUACUGUAUACACAGAUAAAAUAGCACAAGAUGAUUCACAAACGAUUCGAAUCGAUGGAAGCAAGGCAUAAUGUCAUAAAUUGGCAUAGUAAAUACAUAUUACGAGUAUCAAUGAUAUAAUUGAUUUAUUUGGAAAUGUACUUAACAGUAAUAUCGGUGUAAUUGCUUCUAUUGUUGAUCAUUAAUUGUUUUAUGGACUUACUGAGGAUUAUUGUGGUUAUUGCAUGUUCACUGAAGAAAAUGAUCAGAAAUAACAAUUGAAUUUUUGUUAAGAAAAAGUACUUAGUUCGUAUUAAAACUGAUUGAACACUGUUUUAUGGGAUCAUUUGUUUACUGAAUGUAUCAAACAUGUAAGUUAUGAUGAUAACAGUUUGUAUUAUUAUCACUGUUCAAUUAUCAAGUAGCUAUUGGCUUGGAAUUAGAAUCGCGUCAUGACUUGUAUAAUAAAAUAAUGAAAGCGUCAGCUUAAUUAUACUAUGUUAAUGGAAAUCUAUCCUUGUUUAUAAAAACAAAGAGAUAUUCGUUAUUCAGUAGUCGUAACUCAAGAGCGAUCAGUAAUUACAAUAAGAAGACAAAGAUUAUCAGAUUACAUUAAUUUAAAUUUAUCAAAGGGACUGGUUGCUUUAAAUCAGAUACAACAAUGUUAAAUUGAACAGAAAAUGACCUAUUUCAAAAUUGAUUUUGAUCAAAAUACUAUGGCAUAUCAACAGUUGUAAUUUACAAUGUGAUGUUUAAACAUGUUUGAUGUACAUAGUUACUUGUGGGCAUGAACACUUUCAUACUGUUUGGCGUGUGUAAUUACAACUGUUAACCAUUCUGUUCAUUUUUAUUUAUUUAUAGAAAAGAUAAUUAACUUACAAAAGUGAAAAAGCACACUUCAUAUCACUAACAUAAAAUGCUUGAAGAACUAAAUCUUGGUGAUUUAAAUGAUGUGCACAAUGAUAAUAAAACAGGAAAAUGGACUCCAUCCAAUGAUCGGAGUAGAUUAUCACGUUAUCGUGAAAGUUAUUGUUCUGAUGUGGAUUUAUUGCCCUCACUGUGCACAAAAGUAACAGUUGAUAUUCAUCAAGAUAAUAUUAAUAAUAGUGAUUUUAUUCACUUAGCUCGGAAAAAUUAUGAACCAUUAAGAAAUAGUGAUGGAGCUAACGUUAAGGUAGUUAACAAUAAUAGCGGCAAUGACGAUAAAAGUGAUGAUGAUUAUAACGAUGAGGAGAAUCUUAUGAGCUGGUUACUGAAACAGUUUAGAGAGAAUGGUUUAGAUUACAAUGACAAUAACUUAAAAAAUGAUGACUUAGAGAAAAUCGAUGCAUUUAAUUAUGUGAAGCGAUUAAAUCAGAAAACAUCAACUAUCCCACAUAAUCUACCAAUAGAUGAUUCUAAUUCAUCUAUUUCAAGUUAUCAGGCUACAAUCGAUUCAAAGAAAUCAAAAACACAAAAUGAGCACUUAUUGAAUAAUAAUAAUAAUAAUUUUAGUAAAGAACAAUUUGGUCAUAAACAAUAUCAUCAUUUUCCUCGCAUGUAUCCACCUGUCAGAGAUUCAUCAGUCGAGUCUAGAAAGUUGUGUCAAAGGAAUAAAUCAAACAAUUCACUAAUAACAACAGCAACAACAACAACAACAACAACUAACCCACCUAUAGAAUCAGUGAAUUCAACUACGCUAAAAACAAUAAACAAUACAAAACAUCAAUGUCAACUUAUCAAUGGUUUAUUUCAUCAAAUAACUAAAAAGUUGACUUGUUUACAUGAAUUCGACAAGCAAGUUAUUAAUGAAUUAGAAAAUGCUAGCCAAAUCAUAAAUGAUUUACAAAAAACAAUAAAAUUUUCUGAAUCUUCAUUAUUGAACUCAUUACAUUAUCAAUUAAAUGAACAUUGUUGUCAACCUAAAUUAUUCAAAACAGAAUUUUAUAAAAGUACAAAUAAUUUUAAAAAGAAAACUGGAAUAAAAGAUUUUUCUAAAAAGAAAAUUUAUAAUUUAGAUGAAAAUAUAAAAAGAUUAAUUAUAGAUGAACAACAAUCAUAUCCAGGAUAUAGUCCAGAAUUAGAUUGUCGAUCACCUACGGUAAAGAAUCCAAUUAAACAGGAUGACUGGAAAAGUCCUAUUACAGAGAAAAAUGAACGUCAUUCAACUCAAAGAAAAUUCACAGAAUCACCAUGGGGACCAGUAUCAGUUCAACAAGCAAAAAAAUUAACAAAAGAUUUCGAUCAGUGCCCGAAAGUCAUUGGUCAAAACAAUAACAGUCGUAAAAAUAAUCACCUUAUAACAAAUGAUAAUCAUUCGAAAUGGUUAAAAUCUUCUAAAUCUUCAAUGAGUAAUAAUAAUUUAGAUAAAUUGAAUGAAUCUACUUAUCAAACUAAUGAUGUAACUGAUAAAAAGUAUAAUUUGUCAAAUGAACGAUAUUUUAGCCAAUUAACUUUACCAAUCUAUUCAACUUUUUCCAGUACCAAAUCAAAUACAGUUUAUUUGAAUACAUCUAAAGAAUUUAAUGUUUCAGAGAGUAAUUCAAACAAAUUCACCACAACCAAAGGUAUUCAAUCUUUGUUUAGAUUACCAUUCAAAAGAAAAGCAAGUACACCUGGACCGAAUAUUCAAUUUGUAGAACAUCCAUUAAAAUCUCAUGGACGUUCGGCUAGUUUAGCUCAAUUGAAUACAUCAAGUGAAAAUCCAUCUGUUAUGUCUGUAUCAAAUGAUCAAUUGAAUAAAAGUACUAAUAAAUUAAACGUACCGUAUAUUAAACCUUUAUUACUUAAAGAAUUGUCGAAAAUUUAAAAUUGAGAAACCAUUGAAAUGGCCAUAUUUUUAUUUAAAAAGUUAUUUUAAAAAUCUUAAAAAUCCUUAAAUAAAAUCAAUUGUGACUUUCUGCUUCAUAAUCUGCGUUCAAUAUAUUGCUGCUAAUAAAUAUUUUGUCCGUAAGAAUAUAA